AUGUUAUUUUUGAAAAUACCGAUCGAUACAAAACUAGCAGUACAACCUCAACCUCUUCGCACAAUGGCUUAUGUUUUAACUGAAACUUCAGCUGGUUAUGCUCUUUUGAAAGCCUCUGAUAAGAAAAUCUACAAAUCUUCAAGCUUGAUUCAAGAUUUGGAUAGCUCUGACAAAGUCUUGAAGGAAUUUAAGAUCGCCGCCUUUUCUAAGUUUAACUCUGCAGCUAAUGCUUUGGAGGAAGCGAACUCCAUCAUUGAAGGUAAAGUUUCCUCCCAAUUAGAAAAACUUCUAGAAGAAAUCAAAAAGGACAAGAAGUCGACCUUGAUUGUCAGUGAAACCAAGCUAGCAAACGCUAUUAAUAAGUUGGGAUUGAACUUCAACGUUGUUUCCGAUGCUGUUACCCUAGAUAUUUAUAGAGCUGUCAAGGAAUACUUGCCAGAAUUGCUGCCAGGUAUGUCUGACAACGAUCUAAGUAAGAUGUCUUUAGGUUUAGCCCAUUCCAUCGGCCGUCAUAAGUUGAAGUUUUCUGCUGACAAAGUUGAUGUCAUGAUUAUUCAGGCUAUUGCUCUAUUGGAUGAUUUAGAUAAAGAAUUAAACACAUAUGCCAUGAGAUGUAAAGAAUGGUACGGGUGGCAUUUCCCUGAACUAGCUAAGAUUGUUACUGACUCUGUCGCUUAUGCUAGAAUUAUUUUAACAAUGGGUAUUAGAUCUAAGGCUUCUGAAACUGAUUUGAGUGAAAUCUUACCAGAAGAAAUUGAAGAACGUGUUAAGACUGCUGCCGAGGUGUCUAUGGGUACUGAAAUUACUCAGACAGAUUUGGACAACAUUAACGCUUUAGCCGAACAAAUCGUUGAUUUUGCUGCUUACAGGGAGCAACUGUCCAACUACUUGUCUGCAAGAAUGAAGGCCAUUGCUCCUAACUUGACUCAAUUGGUGGGUGAACUAGUCGGUGCUAGACUCAUUGCUCACUCUGGUUCUCUGAUUUCCCUGGCCAAAUCUCCAGCUUCUACCAUUCAAAUAUUAGGUGCAGAAAAGGCCUUAUUCAGGGCUUUGAAGACCAAGCAUGAUACACCAAAGUAUGGUUUGCUAUACCAUGCCUCUCUUGUUGGUCAAGCUACCGGUAAAAACAAGGGUAAGAUUGCAAGAGUUUUGGCUGCCAAAGCUGCCGUCUCAUUACGUUAUGAUGCCUUAGCUGAAGAUAGAGAUGACUCUGGUGAUAUUGGUCUAGAAUCAAGGGCUAAAGUAGAAAACAGAUUAUCCCAAUUAGAAGGUAGAGAUUUGAGAACUACUCCAAAGGUUGUUCGUGAAGCUAAGAAGGUGGAAAUGACUGAAGGUAGGGCCUACAACGCGGACGCUGAUACUAUAAAGGCAGAAUCUGAAUCUGAAUCUGAAUCUGAAUCUGAUUCUGAUGACGAAGAAGAAGAAAAGAAGGAAAAAAAGAAGGAAAAGAAAGAAAAGAAGGAUAACAAGAGAAAGAGAGACGACGACGAAGAUUCUAAGGAUUCUAAGGAUUCCAAGAAAUCCAAGAAGGACAAGAAAGAAAAGAAGGAAAAGAAGGAAAAGAAAGAGAAGAAAGAAAAGAAAGAAAAGAAAGACAAGAAGGAAAAGAAGGAGAAAAAGGAAAAGAAAUCGAAGAAGGAGAAGAAAUGA